AUGUCGCUGCUUUUAGCUAAUUCUGCAUCAAACUGCAUCCAGAGAAUGAGGAGGACUCCGCCACUGGAUGAGCUUCAGCCCCCACCGUACCAAGAUGACAGCGGCUCUCUCCACCUUUCCUGCACUCCUUCUGAUAUCGGGGACAGUAAAUGUGAACUUUCUCAUUGUAGCAACAGUCCCAGGUACUCGUACAAUAAGUGCCCAAGUGAGGGAAGCACAGGGCACGAGGUUGAAAGCUUCCAGAACAAAGUAUAUGAAGAGGAUGUACCAAGUGACAGCACGGCUGUUCUAAGCCCAGAGGUAGGUCCCCUUCCUAAAUCUUUUGAUCAGGAGCCAGUAGCUAAAUACGGCACGUUGGAUGUAACUUUUGACUAUGAUUCACAAGAACAGAAACUUCUUGUGACGGUGACAGCUGUCACCGACUUGCCCACACACAGCAGGGCUGGGAAUAGCAGCUCCUGGCAAGUCCACCUUGUACUCCUACCUGUGAAAAAGCAGAGGGCCAAGACUGCUCUCCAGAGGGGGCCUAAUCCGACGUUCACAGAGACCUUCAGGUUUAAUCACAUCGAGUCUGAGAUGAUUGCAAAUUACGCGGUGCGGUUUCGACUGUAUCUAGUGCGGCGGAUGAAGAAAGAAAGGGUGGUUGGGGAAAAAGUGUUUUACUUAACAAAGUUGAAUCUCCAAGGGAAGCUGUCCAUUCCGGUGGUGUUAGAGCCAGCGUACAAUUUAUCUGGCUGCGAUUCCCAGCUGAGCAUGUCUGAAAUGUCGUGUUCGGAGAGCACCUCGUCCUGUCAGUCGCUGGUCCACAGCUCCGCUCCUGAAAUCCUCGUCGGUUUGCUGUACAAUCCAACAACUGGAAGGCUUUCGGCAGAAGUGAUUAAAGGAAGCCACUUCAAGAACCUGUCAGUCAACAGACCUCCCAAUACCUAUGUAAAGUUAACUUUGAUGAACUCUAUGGGACAGGAAAUGUCAAAAUGUAAGACUUCCAUCCGCCGGGGCCAGCCCAAUCCGCUGUACAAGGAGACGUUCAUAUUUCAAGUUGCGCUGUUUCAGCUCUCUGAUGUGACCCUCAUAUUAGCCGUCUAUAACAAACGCAGCAUGAAACGUAAGGAAAUGAUAGGCUGGAUAUCGCUUGGCCUGAACAGCUCAGGUGAUGAAGAGCUUAGCCAUUGGACUGAGAUGAAGGAAUCCAAGGGACAGCAAAUAUGUAGAUGGCACGCGCUUCUGGAAUCGUAACUGCCACCUGAAGGUCUAUCUCGUGACUCCAGGGCAAUCAAAAGGACUGGAUCUGAUUGAGUCACCUGGAAGAGAUCGGUCCUCGCAGGUAAAAGGUUUGACAUGCGGCGGAUGGCUCAGUAUACACCGGCGAAGGCGUCUCAUACCGCCGUGCGCGUCUGAGCGUAGCUGAGAAGCGGUACGUCAGACGCAUCAGAUAAGAAGAGUUGCAGGUUCUAGAAUUCCAAACAAUUCCUUGGGUGCUUUUCUAAUUUUUGUGCUAUUAAACUGUUUUAUAAUACCAGGUUUACCGAUUAACCCCUUCUGCGUAGGGGAGCCAGGAACAUGCUUGAGAAGAAAAAAUAGAGGUUAUAUCUUUAAGAGGUCCAGAGGAAAAUAA